AGUGGAACCUGUGGGUCAAAGGUCCACACGUAGCGGACGUGCCUUUUAAAUGCACCUCUGACCAAAACUAUACGAACAUAUGAUCAAUUCGAGCUAAGUAAGUUUCCAAGAAGUUCAACAUUCCGAGAAUCAUGCAACACAUUAAUUGGACGAUCUUCGGAGAAUUUUAAAGUGAAGCGACCGUCGAGCUAAGUAAGUUUCCAAGAAGUUCAACAUUCCGAGAAUCAUGCAACACAUCAAUUGGACGAUCUUCGGAGAAUUUUAAAGUGAAGCGACCGUUGAGCUAAGUAUGUAUUACAAAAUAUAGUAAUCCAAAUUUUGAGAAAGGGAGAGAAGCUUUCUGGGAAGUGCGAGGCUGCAAAAAUUUAACUACAAUGAGGCAGAAGGGUUAGAGAAGAAAAGGAAUAAUGUAUAAAUUGUAAUCAACAUAACAGGAAAAGACAAUGGACGUACAGGAUAUUUUGAGUUUGACAGUGGUAGCCUUGAAGGAUAAGUUACGAGAAAUUGGACUGAGUGUUCAAGGUAGGAAAUGUGAAUUAAGAGAUAGGUUGCUCUUACAUUUCGGACAUGUGUUAGAGGAUGAAGAUGAAGAUGAAAGCGAAAGUGAAUUACGUUCAGUGACAAUGGUAGAGGCACCAACCUCUCGCCAAGCCAAUAUAGUGUCCAACCCGCAGUUCACACUGAGGGAUGUGGAAGGAAGUAUUUCCUUAUUUAAUGGUACAGAUGAGCUCAGUAUUGAUAAAUGGUUAGAAGAGUUUGAGGAUAACGCGGUAAUUUUAAAUUGGAGUAGUUUACAACAAUUUGUGUUUGCAAGGCAGCUUCUUAGAGGGGCAGCUAAAUUGUUUGUGCGUAGCCAGACAGGAAUCAGAAGUUUUAGUUCUUUAAAAUCAGCAUUAAGAAGUGAGUUCGGUGUGAGGCCAACGUCACUCGAUAUUCAUCGCACAUUACAGAAUCGUCGAAAGAAAAAUAAUGAAAGUUUUCGUGAAUAUUUGUACACUUUGAUAGAAAUUGCCAAGCCAGUGAAUUUAGAUGAAGAGAGUCUAAUUUUGUAUUUUAUUGAAGGAAUCCCGGAUUCGAAGGUAAAUAAAACGGUUUUAUAUCAGGCGCGAACAAUUCAAGAGCUCAAAGAGCAGCUAAGAGUAUACGAGAGGGUACAUGAUUCUCGACAGCCAUCAAGCAGAGAGAAAUCAUGGCACGGUGCAUCAACGCCGGUAGAACCAAGGGUCGAAAGAAAUUGUUUUAAUUGUGGAAGUGAAUUUCAUUUGGCUAACGGUUGUGAUAAGAUAAAGCAGAUAAAGUGUUUCAAGUGUGGACAGAUAGGUCAUCGUCAAUUUGAAUGCGAUCGUAGAGGCGAGGUGAAUAUUAAAACAGAAUCAAAACGCAGCAACGCUUUGACUGUUUGGAGUAAGAGUCACAUUUUUAAACCAAUAAAGAUGGGUGACUUGAUAAUUAGUGCUCUAAUUGAUACGGGUGCUAACGUGUGUUUGAUGAGACAUGAUAUGUAUAAGUGUGCAGGGAUUUCAAAGCUUAGCGACAAUCGUUUGUUCCUGGGAGGGAUUAAAGGCAGUAAAGUAUGUACACUAGGUAGUUUUGAGGCAAAUAUCGAAGCGGAUGGGAUCCAUUUCAUAGUAACUUUCCAUGUUACAGGACUAAAUGAUUUGCCAUGCGAAGUCAUUAUGGGAAACGAUAUUUUGAAUAGCAUAAAUAUUUUUUGUAGCGAAAAGGGCGCUAAAUUCAGCAGGAAAGAGCUGAAAGGUUUAAAUAAUGAAGAUAGUUUAGAGACAAGACAUGUAUGUCAGAGUAAAAACGAAAGCAAUAUCGUAAGCGACAAGGAGUUUAAAGUAACGGAAGUAGAGGACAACGCAAUUGCUAGUAAUUUGGCCUUAACCGAAUUUACUGCACUUUGUGAAGCCUUUGAGGAAAAAUAUACCACUCCAGAUACAGCUUCAAAUCUUGAUUUAGGUAAUUUGAACGUAAAGAUUCAGGCAAUAGAUGAUAUUCCUUUUUACCAAACCCCAACACGUGUUUCAUGCGCUGAUCAGAAGAGAAUAGAUAAUUGGUUGAGUGAAAGGCAAAGCAACUCUGAGUAUGCUUCUCCAGUUGUUUUGGUUCUAAGAAAACAUGGUACGAAAAGGAUUUAUGGUGACUUUAGAAAACUAAAGGAAGACAUAAUACGGAACAAUUUUCCAAUGAUGACAUUUCAAAACUGGCUAAAAAGAACAUCUGUAAGAUACAAAGAGAAAAUAAGCAUAGACGGCAGGUAUGAUGUUUAGAGGGUGAGCGAGAACAAAGGGCCACGAAAUACUGUUUCUGUAGCAGAAUAUAUGAAGGGGUGAAACACUUCAUUCGGGGCGAAUGACGGUGCAGGACGGCCGAUUGUGGGAGUGGAACCUGUGGGUCAAAGGUCCACACGUAGCGGACGUGCCUUUUAAAUGCACCUCCUGACCAAAACUAUACGAACAUAUGAUCAAUUCGAACUACACUCGAACAAUAUUCGAAAUAUACAGUCGAGCAUAGUAGACAAUAGUUGACUAAA